AUGAAGUUUAUCCAGAUUCUGAUGGUUUCUGCACUGGCUGUGUUACGGGUUGACGCAAGUGACUGUGAAAACGACUUCGCCGCCGGCUGCGGGGACGAUCUUGCUGCGCUCGCCACUCCCGCGGAUAUCGACUGCGCCGCCGACGCAUGCCUUUCCACCGAGUGCUGUGAGUGCCCGUCUGGCUACACGGACGCGACUGACUCAGACGCCCUCAGCUGCGAUGCUUGCGCGACGGGCUACAUGGACACGGACGAUGUCGCGGCCACAGUCACCUGCGACGCUUGCGCGACGGGCUACGCGGACUCGGACGAUGUCGAGACCACGGUUACCUGCGACACGUGCGCGACAGGCUACAUGGACUCCGACACGACCGACGACACGUUUGUGUGCGAUGCUUGCGCAACCGACUACGAAGACGUGGACGGGGAUGACGACACGCUUACGUGUACCGCCGUCCCGACCACGUGUGCCUCUUACGACACCGCCUGCGCCGACGACACUUCAGCCUUCGCCGAUUCCACCGAGUGCGCCGAGGACGAGUGCACCGCUGCUGAAUGCUGCGGAGUUACGUGCGCCUUGUACGACACCGCCUGUGCGGACGGCACUUCGGUGUUCAUCGACACCACCACGUGUGCCGCCGCCGACUGCACCGCCGACGAGUGCUGCGGAGUCACGUGUGCGUUGUACGACACUGAUUGCGCAACCGGGUUUAUUGCGGCCGCCGAUACGACCGAAUGCGCCGCCGACGAGUGCACCGCCACCGAAUGCUGCAUAGACACAUGCGCCUUGUACGACACCGACUGCGAGGACGACACCACUGCAAGCGCGGACACCACGGUAUGCGCUGCCGCCACAUGCACCGCCGCCGAGUGCUGCACAGAAGAAGAGACCGACACGGCCCCAACCCCAGCCCCCGUCACCAGCGGGGCUUCUGGAUUUUUCGCGCGUUCGUCGUUCGGCACCACAGUCUUCGGCGUGGCCGCUACCGUCGCCGUCGGGUUCUUCUUCAACGCCAAGAACGAUCUUCUCUGA